UCACAACAGUCCACGCAACCGGAAUCUUAUCACGUUAUCAGUGACGAACAGCCCUAAACGAAUUUAAGUGUUCUUGUCCGAGUGCCGACCGGCCGUCGUCAACUUGUUUGGUUUUCUUUCAUUAAUUAAUUUUAUUAGUACUUAAUUAAUACUACACGUGUUGUCUCGAGUAUUAGACCGUUCAAUAGAUAACGUUAGUCGCUAGCCAACCACUCCUAGGUAUGUGGAGUUAAUGUUUGGAAGUGUUUGAUUUGUAUACUUCAAUAUUAUCAACAACGCGAUGACGGUUUGGCAAAUGUAUAUUGGUGUUCCAUGUUAGCUUUAAACAAACUCAAGAUCUUCAUUAUCUUUUAAAAAGACGUAAGUAUAAUUUGGUGUGGAACUUACACGUCAAUGAUCACUAAGUGCAGAACUUAGUGAUCAACUUACUAAUUGACACAUUUUUGAUUGUAUUUGUAUUAUUAAUGGUACUGUGUUAUAGUUGUAGUGUACACUAGUUUUAACAUAGUGUGUAACUGUUUUUGGCAUAGGAUUUAAACAAUAUAACCAUAUUAUAUAAAUAUAAUAUACCUAUUUACUGUGUUAUGUGAUUGUCUACUUUCAUAUGAUAUUAGAAUCAUUCAUUACAAACAAUUUUAAUAGUUGAAAUGUAUAUGUUAGCAAAAUUAUAUGCAUUAACUGUUGUUUUUUUUUCUUAUUUAAUUAAUUUUUAAUUUUGUUAUUUCUGUUCGCAUAUUAAAGUUAAUUAUUUUUAAAAAGUUAAUACUCCUACCUGCCCGCCUAACGAUGUACCUAUUAAAACAAUUUUAUUAUUAACUUUAAAAUGUUCAUCUCAUUGGAUUAUAAUUUAAAUUGAAAAGUAAAUAAUGAGAUAUUAAAAUCUACUUGCAUAGUUUUAUUGUUAUGUAUUAAUUGAUAAAAAUAUAUAGGUAGGUAGUUACAUUUUUUGAGUCAAAAUAGUCUUAUUAAUAUUUAAUAUUGUAGCUAGUUACCCAUUAACCGUGCAUUUGUUUUGUAAAUUAAAAAUAUAGUUUAAUAGUUUCCCUUAAAAUAAUAAUUAUUUAACAAUAUUAAUUUGAUAAUUUUUUUACAGCUUUUAUAAAAUUGAAGUGAACUUCUAGUCUAAAAUGCAGGACUUUACAAGUGAUUCUAAUAGGCAGCAGAGCACCAUUUCUUUAGCUUUUCUUCGUUUAUCUCAGGUAUUUAAAAUUAUUUUUUUACAUCAAAUAUUUUUAACGGAUAUUUAGAUAUAAUUUAUUAUUAAAUGUAAAAGUGUUUCCUGGUAUCUGACAAUCCAAUAUUUAAAGUUGAUUUUUAACUAAUCCUGAUCAGAAUGUGACAAGAAAUUCAAUUUGUUAAAUUUCAUUUGAAAUUCAAUGUCACAGUCUAUAAACAUGUAAUUAUGGGUUUAUACAAAUAUACUAUAUUUUUUGUGUUUUCAGUGUUCAGAAUGAAGUUUUGUUUGUUUGGUUAGCUGUAUAAAUAUUGUAUAAAAUGAAUUAAAAAAUAUUUGAUUAUUUUUUUAGGCAAUUCCUACAGUAUUGUAAAUUUACUGAAAAUUCUAGUAUGUUGAUCAAACAAUAUGAUAAGAUUUAAUACCAAAUUGGGUUAAAAAAUCAAAGGUUAAUUAAAAUUAUAAACAUUUUUUAUAUAUGCACUACAACAUGAUUCUGUAUUACAUAACAGAAAAAUUUAAACCUUAAAAUCAAAUAAUAUUUUAAAUAUUUUUAUAUUAAUUCUGUUGUCAAAUAAUAACAAAAAAAAAAAAAAAAUUGAUAAUUCUGUUGUCAUCUAUUGAUUUAUUUCAAAAUUCAGUUUCAAUGUUUACAAAUUUGUUAAUACUUAAAGUACAUAUUUUGGUAAUCAUGCAAUUAUACACCAGUUUGUGUUACUUUUUUUGUGGAUAGUGGUAAUAGUGGGUGGUAUACUGUUAAGCAGUUAUGCAUAAAAACAAUUUUUAACUUUUUAAGAGACAUGGGCUUCUUUUUCUCUUGGAACUUAUAGGCACAAAAUAGGUAGCCAUAAACAUCUAUUAUAGGAUUUUAUGUUUUAGGAUGAGAGUUGCCAGUUCAAAAAAGAUUGUUUAAACUGUGUUAUGUGUUAAACUUGUUUGAUGUGCAAUUGUUGAAUAAUAAAAUGUUUUAAUAUUUUUAAAUUAAGUUGAUUAGUAAUUUAAAUUGCUAAGUAAAUUAUUAUAUUAUAAAUUAAUUAUUACAUUUUUGUUUAAAAUAUAUUAGUCAAAUUAGUACUUAAAAAAUACUUAACCUUCUUAAGUUCCAUGCGAUUGCUUUUAAAAAUUAUAAUGUGUUGUGAUUUUUAUUUGCAUAGAUAUGGCUGUGAAUUGAUUUUAAUCUUAAAUUGGAUUUAAUAUAUUUUUGUUGGUUGAUAUUCGUUCACAAACUAACAUUUCUGUAGGAAUUUCUAUUUUAUUUUGAAAAUAUUUCAAUAUGAUAAGUCAAGUUGUAUUCUUUAUGGUAAUAUUAUAUUUGUAUAACUUUAAAUUCUUAAGUAUCUGUAAUGUUAUUAUAAAGUCAGUUUGUACAUAGGUAAUCAGUAAAAUACCUCUUAACUAAUCCACUCACUAUGUAUAGUAAGUUUAACAUUAACAUUUGACACAUAGGAGCAUACAAUUUUAACAUGUAUUACCAUACAUUAUCAUAAAUAAUUUUUUAUUUAUUGUAAAUAUUAGUUUUAGUAACGAAUAGACUUAAAUUUAUAAUAAUUAGUAAAAAAAAUUGAAAAUCCAAAAAGAAAAAUCAAAUCAAUUUACCUAAUGAUUUAUUUUUAUUUUAAAUAUUAAUUAUCUAGGUAUUCCUUCAAAAUAGUUUAUUUAGCUAUUCAAAAGAUUUUUAUAUAAACAUAAGUUCUAGAACUUUGUAUUUAAUUUUUAAUUGGUUUUUCACAGAUGCUGCAAAAAUUUCUUGAUGACAUAACACCUUUUAAAACAGCAAGAUGGAUAGCAGCACUUGUAAUAGUCCUUGUAUUUAUGAUAAGGAUAAUAAUGCUACAGGUAAUAAUGAAAUUGUAAAUUAUCUUAUUACUGUUUAGAAUAACUUUGCCUUCCAAAAUUUAACUAAAUGAUGAAUCUGUUGGAAGUUGAUUCUAAUUUAUUUAGAGUGCAAUAUUAUUCCAAAAUUUUUCCUAUAUUAUCAACUAUAAAAGGUAUCUUAUCUCUGACCUAAAAUUAAAUCAUGAUGAAUAAAAAAUAAAAAAAUAUCAAUAAGAAACGCAUGUAAUAUUGAACAAUGGAUCUGAUGGAAAUUUUCUUGGUAAUGCUGCAUUUUGGAACAAGAAUAUUAUUGAACUGUUGUGUUUUAAAAUAUCUAUUAUCAUUUUUAUUAAAAUUCAGUUAUAUCAUUUUUAUUAAAUAUAACUGAAUUUUGGAAGACAUCCUAAUAUAUUAUAAGUUUUUUUUUUUUUUAAUUCAAUAAUUUAUUUUAUUAUGUCAAAUGGUCACUAAUAUGUUUUUAAAUGUUUUUUAUUUAUACAAUUAUAGGGAUGGUACAUAAUUACUUAUGCAUUGGGCAUAUACCAUUUAAAUUUAUUCAUUGCAUUCCUUACACCAAAAAUAGAUCCAGCUAUGGAAGAGUUUGAGGGUAAUUGUUUAUUGUUAUAUUUAAAAAUUAAAAAUAAUAAUAAUUAUUUUUCUAAUGUUAAUAGAUGAUUCGGGGCCGGCUUUGCCAACACGAGCAAAUGAAGAAUUCAGACCAUUUAUUCGCCGUUUACCUGAAUUCAAAUUUUGGUACUCGGUAGUAAAAUCCACAAUUUUGUCAAUAUUUUUGACAUUUUUCCAAUUUUUUGACGUUCCUGUAUUUUGGCCCAUUCUUGUAUUAUACUUCAUAGUUUUAUUUUGUAUUACAAUGAAACGUCAAAUAAUGGUAAGAAAUAUUUAUGUCCAUACUAUACUUUAAAGUUUUAUUAAAACAACUUAGUUGGUUGAGUUAAAAAAAAUAAAUAUAAAGUGGGUAUAUCAAUAUAUAAUAUAUACAUUAUACAUACUAUUUUAUUCUAACAUAAUACUAAGUAACUAAGUAACUAGUAACUCAUUCAUUUUAGUGUAGAUUGUAGUGAGUAUACAACUUUCCUUAUAAAAAAAUCUAGUAUUAUACUAUUAUUUUAAAGUUGAAAUUGUUAAAAAUCACAUUUGAGAAACUAAAACUUUUUAAAAAAAAAACCAUGUGUACUAUAAAUUAUAAAUAACUUUACAAUAAUACUUUGUCUAUUUUUGAUAGUUUUUCAAAAUUAUAUUUUCUAUCUAUAUCUAUAUAUUAUUUUAUAUAAUACAAUAUUUAUACAUAUAUUUUUUCAAGUUUCAUGAUCACAAUUUGCGUUCUAUAUUUAUACAUUUCCUCAUAUAACCAAGUAAUACAAUUUUUAUAAACCAAUAAUCAUUUGAUUAAUAAUUUUUCAAGUAUUAUAUGUAUAUGCUUUAGUAAAUUUAAUAUUUGAUACAUUUACACAAUGUUUAAUUUUGAAAUUAUUUUGAAUGUAUUUUUAAAUAAUAAAUAGAAUAAUUAGAAAUAACUGUAAUCAAGUUAACAAUUAUAAAUAAUAUAAUUGUUAAAAAUUAUGUUUUGUUAAUUUUAUUUUAAAUUGAAUUGAAUAAUAUAAUAAGUAACACGUAUACAAAACAAUUUAAAACAUGCUUACAUACAUAUAUUAAUAAAAGUGUAUAAAUAAAAAUAAUUAUGUAGUCUAAAAUAUUAUACAAAUAAAAUGAUUACCACUAGUUUUGGCCUUGAGCCAUUAUUAAGUGAAAUAGGUAAUUAAAUUAUCAAAGAAUAAAAAAGACUGACAUACUUCCCAUGGUGAGGUAGCCACUGUUGGUGAGAAGUUGGGUAGGUAGGAUAUUGAGAGGAAUUUAAUGUAUAUCUAUAUAACGUUAAAACAUUGGUAACGAAAAACAAUUCUGAGCGGAGUUCUUUUACAUAUGUUUUUUAAAGAUUGUAAUAUUUACAUUUUUAAUCAAAUUUUGAUAUUAAAAUUCUCAUUAAAAAAAACUAUAUUUUACUCAAUUUUUUUUCCAGUCUACGACGAUUUUAACUGAAUUAAAAAUAACAAAAAUAUUAUUUUUGUACAUUUUCCUAUUAUUUCUAUGUUUUUUUUCCUAUUUUUAUGAAAACUACUAGGGAAAUUAAAAAAUUGCCUCCUUAAAUUUACGAAUUAAAUACAAAAUUUUCUUAUAGAAAAAGUGCUACACUUGUAAAUCAGAUUAAGAAUUCUUGUAGAAAUGUUGUACUCGGUAAAAAAUAAAUAAAUAAAUGUACAUAAGAUAAAACUAAUUCUAACAUUUUAGAAAUCAAUAUAUAUAUACAGACUGAUUAAGAAAAUUACCCUGUUUAUGAUAACAAAAUAUUUUAGAUUUAAUUAAUUAAUUAAAUUUAAUCAUUUUAGCUUUCUUUAAAACUAUUUUUUAUUUCUACCUUUACUCCAUAUACUUUAAAUAAAUGUAUAUUUUUGUUUUUCAAUUAAGAACCCCUAUUUUUGAGCAUAUAGAUUCGAAUAGAGAAUAUUUUUCUAGAAAUUUUGAUAUGCAUAGCAGUAAUAUCAGAUUUACCGUACAUGACUUUUAACUGUUCAAACUUUAGACCGGAGGAGUAAUGAAGAGUUAUCAAUUUAUCAUUUAAAAGUAGAUUUGCAAUUUUUUACCCUCCCCUAUUACUCUGGUUUUAAUUUUAAACUGUUAUGAUUCAUAAAUGACAAAUCUGAUAAUAUUGCUAUGCAUAUCGAAAUUUCUAGAAAAAUAUUCUCUAUUCGAAUCUCUAUGCUCAAAAAUAGGGGUUUUUAAUGGAAAAACAAAAGUAUAUAUUUAUUUAUGUUUUAUGGAGUUUAGGUAAAAAUAAAAAAAAUGUUUUAAAAUAAAGCCAAAAUGAUUCCAUAAUGAUUUUAAAAAACAGAUAUAAAAUUCUUUUAGUAUCCUCUGAGAAAAGUGGUGGUUCAUGAUAAUAAAAAUAAAAAAAAUGAAGUAUUACUUAAUUAACUACUAUACAUAUUUCAUUUGUAUUAGUAAAUAUAAUUUAUACAUUAAUAUCUUAUUUAUAUUAUAGUAUUAUAAAAGUCAAUUAACAAUAUCCUUAUUUUCUCUCUUUUGUUCUUGUAAAUUGUUUUAAUAAAAUUUUAGUAUUGAUGUAUAAUAUUUAUAUUACAUAGUACACGUUUUUAAUUUAUUUUUUUAAUUUUCAGCACAUGAUCAGAUAUAGAUACUUGCCAUUCACCCACAGUAAACCCAAAUAUCAAGGUCACGAAGAGAGUGGAAAGGUGAUUAGAGCUAAAUGAUUAUUAAAUGGUGAGGAGGUGGGAAUCGGGAAAAUUUUAAAUUUUAAUUAUAAUUAUUAUGUAUACUUUUUAAAUAACAAUUUAAUGUAUGUAACAUAAUUAAAAAACGUUUUUUUUUUUCAAGCUACCUCUAAUUCCAGAAAAUUUGGUACCAGUUGUCACUCAAAAUGUAACAUGAUCAGAUAUUAUUUUUUGUAUCUGUUAAAUUAAUUUUCUUUUUUUGUACACAGAUAUAUUAUAAUAAUAUAAUUAUUAACUUCAAAAUAAAACAAAAAAGUUCAAUAUUAUAUUCAGUUACUUAGUUUUUUAUAAUAGAUUUUUUUUUUUUUUUUUUGAUUUAUCAAAUUAUUUUUGUUAAAAUUAAUUUGGUAGAAAUAAUGAUUAGGCAAUUAUCAAUUAAUUUAUUUUAUUAUUUUAUUUUAUUUGUAAAUUGGCAGGAGUUCAAAUAUAAAUAUUGUUUUACCUUAAUCAAAAAUGUCAAUAUUUGUUUUUAAUGCAAAUUUAAAAUUAAAAUACUUAUUAAGAAUUUUAUCAAUGAUAAAAUAUUAAUUUUGUAAUAUAAAUUGAAGUUUUUACCACUUAAAAAUACAGAAUAUAUCAUUUUUAUUCUACUUAAUUAUUCAUAGAAUGUGAUAUUCUAAUUUUAGAAUAUUUUAAUUAAUGAUACAUUAAUAACUAUUUCAUUAAAUAUAUUUUAACAAAAAUAGCUAAUAGCAUUGCCAAUAAAAAUUAAUUUAUUAUGUUGUCUCCAGAUUAUUAACUGACCAAAAUACGUUAAAAUAUGAUAAAAACUAUAACAGGUGUAGUGAGAAUUUCCGAUAAUAUGUGAUGUUUUAAAAGUUUUAUUUAAAAUAGAAUCUUUAUUAAUAUAUUUUUACAGUUAUUGAAACUGGGUAAUAUAAGACGUUGGUUUGUUAGAGUAGGUAUUUUACAUAUUUUAGUCAUUAUAGAAUUAGUUAUUGUCGGUUUAAAAUUUGGUUUGAUCAUCAAAUAAAUAGAAUAUUUCCAGUGUAAUUAGUCUAGAGAUAAGCUCACAAUAAAAGUAAAAAUAUACGGAUUUGUCUACAUUCAUCAUGCUGUAUAAUUUUAAUUUAUGAAUUUUGGUAAUAGUAUUAAAAAAAAAAUCACUAAUAUACAUUUAUUUUUAUUGAUACAUUUUAUUUUAUACAGUUAAUAUAAGUGUUCAGAUGACUGUUUCGAUUAAGAACUUAUUUUAAUUUUUAAAUAAAAGUAUAAAUAAUUAAACACAUGUAUUUUUUGAUGUUACUCUUGUCAUUUUUGAGUUGAUGUAAUAAAAACUUUCUUUUAUUCUUCGUAAGUAGUUGUACAGAAUUAUAAUUGUUACAGUGUAAAAUAAAUGUACAUUACUAUGUUAAUUAUUUGGAUUAAAAAAAUUAAUCAUAUAAAACUAAUUGGUACACAGUACAGGGGUUUGACAACUGAUGAACCAAUAAUACCAGGGAGCUGACAUAACACUAUAAAAAAGCGCUUGUUUGCAGUUAUAGUUGACUAACAAAAUAGAUUAAUAGAUGAAUUAUCAAAAAGUAUAACUUAUAGCAUAAAACUACAUUUAUAAACUGUUUACUGUACAACAU